AAUUCCGGGCAGGAAUCCCACGGGAAGGGGCGGCCGAGCGGAGCAGGCUCCGUCCCUCCGCCUCCUGCUUUCCGCCGGCUCCCAGCGCCAUGGACCCCGGCAGCUUCCUCCUCCUCCUCCUCCUCCUCCUCCUCCUCAGCAUCCUGGGGGCGCCGGGGCUGGGGGACCCCGGCCCCCUGGAAGACGUGGUGAUAGACAGAUACUACAUCCCCAAAAUCUGCCUGCGGGAGGCCCAGAUGGGGGAUUUCAUUCGCUACCACUACAAUGGGACCUUUAAAGAUGGCAAAAAGUUUGACUCCAGCUAUGACCGAGGGGCCACGGUGGCCGGUGUGGUGGGUGUCGGGCGCCUCAUCACAGGCAUGGACCGGGGGCUGCAGGGCAUGUGUGUCAACGAGCGGCGUCACCUCAUCGUGCCCCCCCACCUGGGCUACGGCAGCAUCGGUGUGGCGGGGCUGAUCCCCCCAGACGCCACCUUGUACUUCGACGUGGUCAUGCUGGACAUCUGGAACAAGAAGGACAAGCUGCAGAUCACCCCCUUGUCCAGACCCCCCCACUGCAACCGCACCGUGGAGAGCUCGGACUUCGUGCGGUACCACUACAAUGGCACACUGCUGGACGGGACCCCCUUCGACUCCAGCUACAGCAAGAACAGCACCUACGACACCUACGUGGGCACGGGCUGGCUGAUCAAGGGCAUGGACCAGGGGCUGCUGGGCAUGUGUGCUGGGGAGAAGAGGAGCAUCAUCAUCCCCCCGUUCCUCGCCUAUGGGGAGAAGGGCUAUGGCUCCGUGAUCCCACCACAGGCAUCACUGGUGUUCAGUGUGCUGCUGGUGGACUUCCACAACCCCAAGGACGGGGUCUCCCUGGAGCACCUCGAGGUGCCCGAGCCCUGCAAGCGCCGAGCUGUGAGCGGGGACUUCGUCCGCUACCACUACAAUGGCACAUUGAUGGAUGGGACACUCUUUGACUCCAGCUACUCCCGGAACCACACGUACAACACCUACAUCGGGAAGGGCUACAUCAUCCCUGGCAUGGACCAGGGCCUGCAGGGGGUCUGCAUGGGGGAGAGGCGGCGCGUGGUCAUCCCCCCACACCUGGCCUAUGGGGAGAACGGAGCAGGGGACAGAAUUCCCGGCUCAGCCGUGCUCGUCUUCGAUGUCCAUGUCAUUGACUUCCACAACCCUGAGGACCCGGUGGAGAUGGAGACCUUGUACCGGCCGGAGGGCUGCAACCUCACCACCGGCCACCGGGACUUCAUCCGCUACCACUACAACUGCUCCCUGAUGGAUGGCACCAAGCUCUUCUCCUCCCACGACUACGAGAAGCCACAGGAGGUGACCCUGGGCACCAACAAAGUGAUCGAGGGCCUGAACAGAGGCCUCCUGGGCAUGUGCGCAGGGGAGCGGAGGGUGCUCAUCGUCCCCCCGCACCUGGGACACGGCGAGAGUGGAGCGCGGGGGGUGCCCGGCAGCGCCGUGCUCCGCUUCGAGGUGGAGCUGAUCUCCAUGGAGGAGGGUGUUCCUGAGGGAUACCUGUUCAUCUGGCACGGGGAGCCCCCGGACGGGCUCUAUGAGCACAUGGACCUCAACAAGGACGGGGAGAUCCCGGCGGAGGAGUUCUCCACCUUCAUCAAGACCCAGGUGGCCGAAGGGAAGGGGAGGCUCAUGCCCAGCUCCGACCCGGACAAAGUCAUCGCUGACAUGUUCAGGAACCAGGACCGCAACCAGGACGGGAGGAUCACCCCCGAGGAGCUGAAGCUGAAGGCGGAUGAGGACCAGGAGAAGAUCCACGAGGAGCUCUGAGGAGCAGCUCCUGCUCUUCCCUGCGCACAGGACUCGUCCUGGCCUCCUCAGGAACCUGCCCCUGCCCUUCCCCAGCCCUUCCAGGGGGAGCAUUUGGGGGUUCCCCUCCCAUUCAUUAACUGAGGGGGUUUUGAUGCUCCUUUGGGCAGGAAAACACCAACCCCCAGCAAAUAAACCCAGGCAAGAAGGUGGGAAACACCCACACAGGGUCUCCAUCCACCCUGGGGACAGCAGCACCCACAUCCCCAUCCCACUGCGCCCUGCGGAUGGUACCUCUGCUGUGGAGCCAGACCCUGGAGCCCUUCCCUGCUGCCAAACCCCACUCUGCCCCCCUGCUCCCAGCUCCCCACAGGGCAGCAGCAUCCCCAUUGCCAUCCCCUUCCUCCCCAGCCAGUGACUGCACGUCCUGCUCCAUGUGCUGCCCCACGGCAGGCAGGAGGGAGCUGCCCCUCACUGCUGCAGCAGCGCAGUGUGGUUUGGGGCUGGGGGCUUCUCCCUCCUCUUUAGAGAGGAGAAAUAAAGAGAAGCCUUUAAUGCUCCAGGCCCCCCCCCCCAGCAUCCUCCCUGGGACAAGAGGCUGGAGGGGGCUCAGGUCCCAGGGCAACACCCCAAGGUCCUGCAGGCAUUUGCUGCUUCAGAAAACCCAGCACCCCCCAAGGCAGCAGGGACUUGGCACAGCCCUUGUUUGCCUUUGGGAGCAGGAAACCUCAGGGAGCAGCAUCCUCCCUGCCCCACAGCAACAGCCCUCACAGAGGAGAUGAAUCAGCCCAAAACUGCCUCUGAAAUCAUCUUGCAGGUAAAACAGAUGCAAGAACAGAAGAGUGCAACAGGUCCCAACGAGCCCCUCCAACAACUGCUGCCUUCCACCAAAUAAAUCAUCUCCACUGGUUUCCAAGGA